GCCACAAGCGGGUAGCACAGAGCGAGCCCAACAGUGCCGGGCUGUCGGCUUCGACCUCGCGGGGAGACUCCACCGGCACAACCCGGCCGAAGAAACCUCCGCGGAAGGAAGGGUGGAGUAAUGAGAGUGAGGCUGUAGAGGAGGCCGCAGGAGCUCACCGGAAGACAAGUCGGAAGCGAGGCAAGCAUGCUGGAGUCGAACGCGGACACGCCGGGUGCGGCGCCAGAGCCCGACGGGGACGCCGGGAUGGAGGGCGGAGACCUGAAGGCGGAGGUGGUCCGUCUGACGCUCGAGCUCCAGGAGGCCACGGAGGAGAAGCUGCAGGCCGCCCGCUACGGUCUUGUGGUGCUCGAGGAGAGUUCGGCUCUCAAGAUCAAAAAUCAGCAAUUGGAAGAGGAGCACGAAGUCCUCAGAGCAGAGCUGCAGCAGCUCAAAGAGGCGUUUGCGGAUUCCGUAAGCAGCCAGAAGCGCGCGGUCGCCGACGGAGAAUGCCGAGAAGAAAGUCUGCUCCAGGAGACGGCGUCGAAGGAGGCCGCCAUGGCGACCCGCUUGGAAGAAGUCCACGGAGAACUCAAGCAAGCGAGACUCGCUCUGGGCAACGCCCACGCGGAGAUCGACAGACUCGGGGUCGUCUCGACUCAGCUGAAGAAGGACUGUGAGUGUCUGGAAGCGGAGAAAGGCCACUUGAGAGACGAAAUGAAGGAGUUCAAAGUGCGUGAGCUGCGCCAGUUGCAGGACAACGGCGAGCUGGAAGAAGAGAACACAUCUCUCCAGAAACAAGUUUCGGUGCUCAAGGAAAACCAGGUCGAAUUUGAAUCAUUGAAGCUUGAGCUGAACCAAAAGAAUGAAGAGCAGGAGGAGCUCCGGGCCCAGAUGGAGGAGGCCGGCAGGCUGCGGGAGAUUGCCGAGCGACAGUUGGACGAGGUCUUGGAAUCCCUGAAGGAGGAGAGGGAGCAGAAAAACUGUCUUCGGCGCGAACUCUCCGCCUUGACCCUCAACCCCUUUGACUCCGUGUCCAACCUGGAGCUCCACCUGGACCAGCUCGACGACGGCCAGGAGGAGGGCCGGACCGGAGAGGGCGAGGUUCAGGCAAAUAACCGGGACGCCUCCGAUCCGGCUCACCCCGCUCGCGUGGGGGGCUCCAAGAGCAACGGUGUCGUGCAGCGUCACGCCACUCCACGGAACAGUGACAUAUUCCUGCGCGCCCCGGCUUCCGGGCUGGUGUCCGACCUCUUGACUGAACUCCACUUUUCAGACAGCCAGAAACUCAAGCAGCAACUCCUACAGGCGGAAAGAGAGAAGUCGAGUCUCAUCGGCAAGGUGGAGGAAUUGCAGAUGCAGCUGGUGAUGUCCAAGCAAGCGCUGAGUCAGCACGAGGACAAAGUCGGAUCGCUGACCCAACAGCUGGAGGCCGUGCAGAGCAGCCAACAGCGCGACCACGAGGCAGACGAGGAGGAGGGCAAAAACGCCGACCCCCCCGACGUCGCCUUCGACUACGAGGUGGACACGAAGAGCAAAGAAGUGCUGGAGGCACGAAUGCGCUCAGCCAGCGAGGAGCUUCUGAAGCUGCGGGACGAACUGUCGCAGGCGGGCACUCGGUACAACGUCCUGGAGCAGCGGUACAAACACGAGAAGGACCGUUGGCGGUCGGAGGCCCAGGAACUGGCCGACAAGAUCCGCCAAUGCAUCAAGUCCAGCAGGCAGGACCAGGAGCGGAUCAGCGAACUGGAGGUCGAGAUCGGCGCCACCCGCAAAGUGGCCAGCGACUCCGAAGGCCACCUGAGUGUGGCUCAGGAGGAGCUGCUGGCCUUUUCGGAGGAGCUGUCCAACCUCUAUCACCACAUCUGCGUGUGCAACAACCUGACGCCCAAACGGGUCACCCUGGACUAUUACCGCGAAAGCGCCAGGGCGCACGGCGGAGCCGGCGCGAGAAGGCCGCUUCACAUCUCCACCCCGCCCAACUCUCGGAAAAAACCACGAGCCAACGACACGUUCGUCUCCAAAGCCGCGGCUUUACAGUUUAUGGGCGAGGUGGACAGUUCGGGGGCCUCUGCGGACUCCGCCAGUUGCCCCGGAUCUUGCAACCUCGAUUUCAGGGACCCCUCCAAUGUCCGCAACUUGGUAGCAGUCAUCAGAUGUCAGAUCAAGCACCUCCGGGUGGCAGUGGAUCUCUGUCGUCAGCGCGGCGCUAUGCCUUACUCGGGGCUGAGCAACAGCGUGGAAAUGGAGAAGGAUGCAGAAAGCCUGCUGGAGGAAGUGCUCAAACUUAAGUCCCUUCUUAGCACCAAGAAAGAACAGAUUGCGACUCUCAGGACUGUCCUCAAGGCCAACAAACAGACUGCUGAGUUGGCUUUGUCCAAUUUAAAAAGCAAGUAUGAGACGGAGAAGAGCAUGGUGUCAGAAACCAUGAUGAAACUACGCAACGAGCUCAAAGCAUUGAAAGAAGACGCCGCCACCUUCUCUUCACUCCGAGUCAUGUUUGCUAGUCGGUGCGACCAGUACGUCACCCAGCUGGACGAAAUGCAGAGGCAGCUGGCAGCCGCCGAGGACGAGAAGAAGACGCUCAAUUCCCUGCUGCGCAUGGCCAUCCAGCAGAAACUGGCUCUGACGCAGCGCCUGGAGGAUCUGGAGGCCCCGCUGUCGCCUCACAGCUUAAACAGCAGCCCUCGCCGUUCCAGAGCCAAGGAGCUGGCCGCCAAGUCGGGACGAGCGCCGCGCAGUCCCAGGAACAGCCCGGCGCGGCUUCCCGGCAGGAGCAGCCCCCGCGCCAGCCCCGUCCUGGGGAGCAGCGUCCCCGCCACGGCCACCCACCACCUGCGAGCUCUCACGCGAAGCCUCCACACGAGCCCCCGCUGAACCACGCCAUUACUCCAGACCCCCUCUUCUCCACCAGGAGCCGUCUCCGCGUUGACUCCCCCUCCCUCCCGGUUCCCUCCUUCCCUCCUGACUCGAGACAUCCUGUCCAUCCCAGACGCGCGACUGCAUUCCUCACUCUUCCACCGUCUACCACAAAGAUGGAUUUAAAAAAACAAAAGCAAAAAAAAAAAAGCCCUCAUCCGACUCGCUUGCAUGCAGCCUUGGAGGAGGAUGAGGAGAAAUGUGUGCGCUACUUAUCGUUACGAUGACUGUCUUGUCCUACGUGGUUCCGACGUCCAUCUGGUCUUCUUUUUUGUUGUGACUUUCCGUCGGCAGUAUUUAUUCCACCUAUCGACGAUGUUUACUGUCCUUCCUUGCGAGCCAAAAUCACUUUUGAGACUUUUGUCUUUGCGAUCUUGCCUUUAGCUCCUCCUUGCGACCCCCAUGCACACUUUUAACGUUUUCCAGAGCGAAGCCGCCUUACUAUCGCUGUCCUACAGGUUGCUAGUCUCGGGACUUCUCCAACGGUCCCUUUUUAGGUCACGCGGCUGUGGCCCGACAAACACUCGUGCUAGAAAACAGAGCCAUAAAUUCUGCAGCUCAGGUAAAGCGACAACAACAAUAGCAUUUGUCGUACGUGAAUACGAAAAUGUCGGUCGCGCAUCUUAAAGCGGAAUCUGAACCACGUCCGCCGUUUCCGGUGGAAGCUCGUUUCUCGCAGUCGUGAAGUUUCUCCUCUCUCGGGCGAUCCGUACGGCUCAGUUGAGCGAAUGGGCUCGUCGUUUCUUUGGACGGUCUCACAUCUGCCUUUUCUCCUGCCUCCGAGCAGCCGAGGUGUCGUUUUUGUGCGUCCAGAGUAGAUGUGGUGUCACAAUCAAACAGGAGCUGUACCUUCAUUUUUAUCCGCUACGACGAUGGCGGCCCCCCCCCCCCCCCACCCGAUACUUAACAGCUCGACUGGAAAUAUCUCGCAGAUAUCAGAUACAGAACCUGUGAUUCAUUUUUGCAUAGUCAAAAAGAAGAUUUCAAAUAUGCAAGUGGGAUUGGGCGGACGGUGGAGCAGCUGGUAAAGCGUCGGGCUCACAGUUCUGAGGUCCCGGGUUCGAUCCCGGACCCGCCUGUGCGGAGUUUGCACGUUCUCCCCAGGCCUGCGUGGCUUUUCUCCGGGUGGGCGCUCCGGUUUCCUCCCACGUUCCAAAAACAUGCAACAUUAAAUGGACACUCUAAAUUGCCCGUAGGUGUGAUUGUGAGUACCAGGUCAGGGUGUACCCCGCCUCUUGCCCGUCGACAGCUGAGCUCCCCGCGGCCCUCGUGAGGAUAAGCGGUGAAGAAAAUGGAUGGACGGAUGCAAUGGUAUUGUAGGUACGUGUAUCUCCAGAAUCAGAUGUUCACAAUUUGAUUUGUGGCAAGCGGUAGCCGUGAUUCCAGUGGAAAAUAUCUUGAAUUCAUGUUAAUUCAAGAUAUCUACGUCGCUUUCAAGACACCGUUAAUUGGGCAAAAUUCAGUUGCAGAUCUGUGCAUGUUGAUCUAUGUUGUUAGAUCUCUGCAAUGUCAAUAUCAUGCGGCACGGUGGCGCAGCUGGAAAGCGUCGGCCUCACAGUUCUGAGGUCCCGGGUUCGAUCCCGGACCCGACUGUGUGGAGUUUGCAUGUUCUCCCCGUGGCUGAGUGGGUUUCGUCCGGGUGGGCGCUCCGGUUUCCUCCCGCAUCCCAAAAACAGGCAACAUGAAAUGGACGCUCGAAAUUGCCCCGAGGUGUGAUUGUGAGUGCGGCUGGCUGUCUGUCUAUCUGUGUGUGCCCUGCGAUUGGCUGGCGACCAGUUCAGGGUGUACCGUUGACAGCUGGGAUAGGCUCCGGCGCUCCCCGCGACACUCGUGAGGAUAAGUGGCUAAGGAAAUGGAUGGGUGGAUGUCGCAUACUUCUAGUCCGGUUUUGACUUGGCAAAACUGAACUACGUGUUUCUGUAUCUUUCGAUCUGUCGUUUCAACCAGACCAGUACUUCAUGAAAAUCAUAAAUAUUCAUAUUCAUGUUGUCGCUACAAUCCGGAUUCUGGAUUGAUGAAUUUAGCUUUGAAAUGUAGAAUCCACUUUCCAUAUUCCGAUUUUAUGAUGACGAUAAUUUUGAGCGAGCUGCCGACGGUUCUCCUGCUGGCAAGUCGCAAGUCUUGUUCAAGGUUUCGUGCAAGGCAGUAGCACAGCUUGUAUGACUUAUAAUAUGGUAAAGAUAUGGAAUAAAAUGAAAACAUAAAUGUUACGUUAUUGGCUCAACGAGCACGAGGCAUGUAAUGCAUAGAAAAAUGGAUACACUGCAAUGCAGCAACGCUCAUUGAGUUGGGAGACAUUAAUUGACAUCAUGCACGUGCUGAUACAUCACAUUUAUUCAUAUUAUCAAAGUAUUUUUUUUUUUUUAAUUAUAAAUGCCUGUUGCAACUAAAAUUGAGUAAAUGUACGUCCUGACACUGGUCGGAGGGUGUAAAAAUGUUUUUUUUUGUGCCUUUUGUUUUGACGUGGUCUGCUGUUUUAGAGAACUGCGGGUUCCUUUUUUUCCCUCCCCGGCAUGUCACUGGAGUUUUAUUAAUCGUUCUCGUCAUUUCUUCCUUUUCAAAUCAAUAUGAAGUGAAUACCGCAACUUCCAGCGGAACAUCCAAAACUUCCGUGUCACAAAAAAUCUCAGCGAUGUUGGUUUGUUUUUCUUGAAGUGCUGUACCGCUGCCGUCAGCGCACUCGGACCGAAUUCAGAUUGCAAUCUUUUCGCCGGAUAUUAUUUUCCAUAUUGUGGCAAAAGCAUGUUCAAGUUCACGUCAACAGCCAAGUUGUGUUUUUUUUUGUUUGUUUUUUUUGAAGCACACGAACCAACAGUCUUUGUCAUUGUUGCACUUUUAGAUUUAGAGUCGACGCAAUUAUUCGACCCCCCCACGAUGUGGAAACUGAGCAUUGUCACAAAUAUUUUCACUUUUCACCUCUCAGCUUUUCUUGCCUCGUUGCUGUCAAGACAAUGACUGAUGAAAUGAAUGAUGGCUAUUUAUGUCUUUUGAACCUGUUAUGAUGGUGUUUGAUUGCACGAAAACGAAGAACAAAGACAUUGGGAGUAUUUUAGGUCCCACGGAAAGAUUUUUGCUUCGAGGAGGGCCUGAAAUUUGUGCAGCUCGUCGUCAAAAAGUGAAAAUAUUUGAUGAGAAUGUUCAUACUUUGGAAGGUUGUAAAUGGAUUACUUGAUGUGUUUCAUUCAAAUGGCGACAUUUUUGUUUUGGUUGUGUACAUAUUUUAAAACUGUAUUUAUGUGGUCUGCUUUCUGUAUAAAUUGCUCAAGUACACAGUCCCGCGUAGGAUUUCUACGUAUGCUAGUUCCUUUCGGUCUGCAAACCGGAAUAAAUGAAACCGACACUGUUCACAAAGUAGAUUAUUUCUCCAAACGUUGCAUGAAAUAACAUUUUCUAGUCUCCGAGAUGGCACGGUGGCCUCACAGUUCUGAGUACCCGGGUUCGAUCCCUGACCCGCCUGUGUGGAGUUUCGCAGGUCCUCACCGUGCCGAAUGUGGCCUCGGUGGCCCCUAAAUGACGUUUUGAACGCUAUAAAAAUGUUUCCUCCGUCAUUCCCGAUCAAUCUGAAAAGCAAAACUGUUCGGCACUUCGAUGGCAGACGCCGUCUCCUCGUGCUUCUCCUCCGGAAAAGAUUUUAGAGAUGGUUGAUCGUGUGGCUCGAGGGAGCGGAAAACUCCAAACACAAAGAA